AUGCCCCGCCUGUUGACGGACAGCCUAUUGGCAGCUGAUAGGAACAAAUACUUCAUCGCGGUUUUCAAUCUGCACGAGUGCAUAGAGCAUGUUUACACGAAGAGUUCUAUCAGAGCAUCGGUCGCCCUGUCAAAGUUGACGAUGCUCUACUAUCCCGAUAACUACUACACGGCUGGUCUGUAUCUCUGGGAGGAAUCCGAAUGCCACUCUCCUGGACAAAUAGCACCAACACCUACUGAGAACCCCGAUAUUCUUGAGGAUGUUGAUUUCUUUCUAGAUAUAGAGGCUAGGUUUAUGGAUAUGACAGACACUAUCACCUUCCUUCUCUCUUUGACUCUGCUGAAAAUCAAGAUUCUGCUCGAUCUUAAGGAUCUACACCAAGCCCGACAAGCUGUUGGGCCGAGGGUCCCCCAGGAGGUACUGGACGAAAUCUAA